UCUCUCUCUCUCUCUCGUAUGAUACGCUGCUUCCUCCUACAUCAGUCUGACUUAGUCAAAAGAUGAUAACUGUGUUGAGAGCUGUUCAGAUAUGAUUGUUACGUUACAAUGUUACCGACAAAACAGCAUGUUGUUGUGCCUCAGUCCUUCUCUGAAACCAGCCGAGGAUGAGAGGUUAUUUCCAGAGAUGUAGUCAAGGCUGUACACCUCCUGUACUUUGGAAACUCAGAAAAAUAUCUGCGGAAAGUUUUUCUCUUCGGAUGGAAGACGUUUUGAGACAAAGCGGAGGCCACGGGGCUCUUUUCUUACCAAUUCUAUGAUAAUGGAGAGAGUUUGGCUCUGAGUGACGCAAUGUCUUUGGAGGAGUUGAUUGAGCUCCGUGACCUAAGGCUGGACAGAGAGCGGAUAGUGCUGACUGGCUCACGGUCCCCCUGCUCCCCUCCACGUCUGGAGAGAACCAAUGCCCUGAGAAUCAGCCCGGGGAAGGUCCCAGACCUGCUGAGCCGAGUGGGCAUCAUCAGGGUCCUGAGCAGCUCCCAAGACCCCCAAAUCCCUGAGGAGAAGGGAGAGGGACACAAUUUCCAGCCCUGCAGCCACGCUCAACCCACAUGGUGCGACCUGUGUGGAGACUUCAUCUGGGGCCUGUACAAGCAGAGCCUGCGGUGUGUCAAUUGUAGAUUCACAUGUCACUACCGGUGCCGUCCACUGAUCCGCUUGGACUGUAGCUGGGACCGAGGCUCUCUGUCAGACCACACGUGUGUGGUGGAGCACACAAUAGAGACCGACACAAAUGUGGAUGAGCAAGUUGAAUGGGGAAAGCAGGAGUUGACUACAGCAGAUAUUCAGCAGAAGGUGAAGGAAUACAACGCUCAAAUCAACAGCAAUCUGUUCAUGAACACGAACAAGGAUGGUUCUUACACCGGUUUCAUUAAGGUGCAGUUCAAGCUGGCACGACCUGUGUCCGUCCCUCCUCCAAAGAAAGGAGGUCAAGAGGCUGGAGGGAGGAGGGCCAGCGGAGUGAAGCGCCGCACCUCCUUCUACCUGCCAAAGGAUGCAUCCAAACACUUGCACAUAAGCUCACGCACUUCUGCACGUGAGGUCAUCGAGGCUUUGUUAAAAAAAUUCACUGUGGUGGACAAUCCUGGAAAGUUUGCUCUGUUUGAGCGCAGUGAGCGUCAUGACCAAGUCUAUGUACGCAAACUUCCUGAUGAUGAGCAUCCUCUCCGCCUGCGUCUGUCUGCUGGGCCAAACGAGAAAGUCCUCAGCUUUGUCUUGAAGGAAAAUGAAACUGGAGAAGUCAACUGGCAUGCCUUCUCCAUGCCUGAGCUCAAGAACUUCAUGCGCAUUCUGCAGCGUGAAGAAGAAGAACAUGUGAAGCAGAUAGUGCAGCGGUACGCUGUGGCCCGCGCUAAGAUGAAGGAGGCCCUGGCUGGUUCGACCCCCGGCUGAAACGAUCCCGUGAAGGGGGUUUAAACAUGCACCUCUUGGCUGGACAACCACAUGAAGAUGACCAGUCAUCGCUGCAUCCAAAGAUCCCGAGAAUACAACUCAGAAACGCCUCAUCGGUGAAUGAGAGUGUGACAGGGCGCAAGACAAUGAGAGAGCUAGCGCGAAUGUGCGUGUGAGAUGAUGCGAAAGAUGAAAAGUGCCUUACACCUGGAGAGUCUGAUGUGCCUGAGAGAAUGAGUUGAGAGAAGUGACGAGCAGAUGAGGCUGUGGUUGUAUCCAAUUAUGUUCUUUAGUUAUUGGGUAACAUCUGAUUAUCCUGAUUACCUCAGCUAUGUCAUUUAGACUUUCAGGAAAAUGCCAUUAACAGUUUUAACAUUUAGAUAUCCAAGUCAAUCAAGCCCCAUGCUGUGAUGAGCGUUUAUUCAGAUGGAAGGAAAAUUAAAUCUUUCUUUCAUAAAUUUAAAUCUGUAAUGUGUCCAGUCAUGAGAUUGCUGCCAAGUUUAAGAUAAACUCAGGCUGGUCUUAGAACUUCCCAUCAUGAUAACCUCAUAUUGACAUUUGUCCUGUUAAAAAGAUAAAUACAUAUUUUGCUGAAAGGUAUUUGGAUAUUUGGACUUGACCCAGCCUCAAAAAUCUGCCACGGUCUCUAGACACCCCUGAUGGGUGCAACUCAAUUUUUUAUUUUACUGUCAGUUUGUGAGCUUGACUGAUGUAUGGACAUUUGUAUGCGAUUAUGAAUGUCAGAGAGAAAUAUCGAUGUCACUCUGGUUGACUGGAAUUUUGAGUGAAUAUGAGUAUACGUGUGUUUCACUUAAAACUUUCAUUCCUUUAUAUCUGUUUUAUUCUUUCCUUUAAACUGUUCUUCUCUUGUUUCUCAGUUCACUUUGAAUAUAUGUCUAUGCACACUUUUAUAUUGUAGCACACUUCAAGAUGUGACAAAUGUGCACUGUGUCCAGUAAAGACUUUACCAUUUCUA